AAAGAAGUCACGCGACUUGUUGUGUUGUCUUGUCUCGCGCGCGCGUCUGCUGUGCAGUUAGUUUCCAGCGCGAUUAAAAGUCAAGUGUACAAUCAGACAGAGAAACGCCACAGGCGAUAUCCGUACUGACGGAUACAUGCAGCAGAAGCAGCAUGGGGAGGUCGCACAUGUCUGCCAGGAUGAGAGUAAGGAUGUAUAAGGUCUUCCUGUUGUGCUUGCUAGGGUUCUGUGUCAUUUCCUUUCUACAUUAUUACAAAGCCCUGCAAAAUAUUCCACUGCUUCAAGAGCUCUCUUCAACCUCUUCACACCUAAAGACACUGAAGUUGGUCAGCGGUUUCUUCUGGAAUGUGCCGGAUACUGAAUUCUUGUCCCAUCAUAACAAUCACAAACACGACUAUCUUAAGGGCUUCCUUGAAGCAAAAGUGAUUCUGCCAGAUGACACUUUUCAAAAUGGUGACCUUCAUGAACGUACCUUUAUCCUCCAUGAUGAUUCCACACCCUUUUUCAUCCAAACCAAAUCUGGAGCAAUGUGCUUCCAGAAGGGGACUAAAAUGUCUGACACUGCGUCUCAACGUUCGAUACUGCAGCAGCAGCAUCAUCAACAUGAUUCGAUCAAUGAAGGCAAGAAAGGGGUUAAGUGCGCCUGCCGCCAAGGCUGGCACGGGCCACACUGUGGUAUACCUACAAUCGUGCAACAUUCAGAUCUCUCAACCAAGUCAAAAUUAAUGCCCAGAAAAGUUCCACGGCGAGUCAUCAAUGCCAUCAACAUUAACCACGAAUUUGACCUUCUACACGCUCGAUUCCACGAACUUGCUGAUGUUGUGGAUGUGUUUUUUGUUUGCGAAUCCAAUUUUACUGCAUACGGCGACCCGAGACCUCUUUAUUUCCGGCAGCUGAUCCUCAAUGGAACGUUCGAUUACAUUAAGCAUAAGAUCCUUUACAUUUUUCUUGACCAUUUUCCGAAUGGUGGUCGUUCAGAUGGCUGGAUCACUGAUGAUUAUCUACGAACGUAUUUGACAAAAAACGGAAUGUCGCGCAUUCAGGGCUUGAAAGCGGACGAUGUUUUCAUUAUAGACGAUGCGGAUGAAAUUCCAGCACGCGAUGGAAUCCUUUUCCUCAAACUCUACGAUGGCUGGACCGAACCAGUUGGGAUCCACAUGCGGAAAUCUCUGUAUGGAUUUUACUGGAGGCAAUUCGGAACGCUGAACGUCUUGUCAGGUUGCACGGCAGCUAUGCUUUUAAUGGUUUAUAAGGGCGAUGGAAUUCUUCUUCGACGGCGGUCCUAUUACACAAUGUCGGGAUUCCGGGAGUAUGAGAACUUUACGGGACGUAUUCUGGUACCGUGGGCCAUCGGAAGCCCCGUUCACUAUGCUGGAUGGCACUGUUCCUGGUGUUUCAAACCAGAGGGGAUUUAUUACAAACUUAUAUCAGCCCAGAAUGGAGACUUCCCACGUUGGGGUGAUUACAAAGAAAAACAAAAUCUAAGUUACAUUCAAGAGUUAAUACGAACUGGGGGUUGGUUUGAUGGGACAGUACCAGACUACCCACCUACAGACCCCAAAGAACAUAUGUAUGCUCCAAAAUACCUACUGGACAAUUAUGAAAAAUAUGGAUACUUGCUGAAGAACGCAUACACAAAAGAGAAAGGUUAAAAAAAAAUGGGACGUUUAAUAAAUAUGGAUUUCAGUGGAGGCACAACCACCUCCAUGUCAAAGUUUAGCUCAAUGAGUUUUCCCUCACACUUCAUCAAACUUCAGAUCCUACUACUGAGAAAAGAUAAUUGUAAUAAAUGAAAGUGAUCACUUUGAAAUGAAGCUUGAAUAUUUAUUCUAUACAAAUGAUGAGCACUAGGGGGCUGAAACAUGGUCAUGUGAUUUAAGCAAUGGCAGUAAUUCAAGCAAUGGCUUCCAUCUUCGUAAUGGAAACAUUAGACCUACAGAGAGUAUUAUGGUCAUAUCGAUACUGCGUUAUUAUUUACACGUUGCUUUGAUAGUCGAUUUGCAUUUGCAGUCAUCAUUACACAAUUUGUGUGUUGACACUUUGAUAAAACCAGUUUGCCAAGAUAUGAAAUGCAAAUGAAAAAGGAAGCCUCAUCUUAUUGGCUAUCGUUCUGUGUAUUGUUGACUAAAAUCAUGUGCUUAGUUGAGAUAGCUGCUUAAAAUCAGGAGGGUGCCCAAAGUCAUGGGAAAAUCUGAAUUUAUAUGAUGGAUAUACUUUUCGUCUAUUUGUGUUCUGCUCUAAAAUAUUUAGUUAGCUUAAUAUUGCUCUUUUGUAGAGUAAAGCCUGCUUGCAAAACCAUAGUGAUGUCUGAUUUGUGAGUGAAUCGUUCUGAGUCGAUUCUUUUCAAUGAAUUGUUUGAAUCUGUUUACAAACUGGUCUAAAUUUUUAUCAGUGAAUCAGCCUUAAUUUAAUGAUUUUUAAAAUCUUAAUAAAAAAAAAAAUAAUAAUCUAGUUGUUACAAAUGACUGGAAAUGUCAUGUGUCAUUUUUGAGCUGUCAUGCUCAUGGAAGACCUGGGAUCGGUCUGCCUGGGUCAUGUUCCCAUCUCGUCCCCACUCUCAUACCACAUGAUCUGCUGUCCCUUUAUUACUGUGUCUAUCAAUGAUAAAGGCAAAAUGCGCAAGAUAGUAAAAAAAAAAAAAAAAAUCGAAAUAGCACCAGUGCUAUCUUAUGAUAUUUUUACUGGUUCCAUAGGUUAAAAACAGGACACAGAUGUACUUUGAGUUUGUAAUGCUUAAUCUACAGUUUAAUUCAUGUUUGAAAUUGCGGCUUCAAAGUUACUUUCAUAGUUCUUCCAGAUGUCUUCAGUCUCAAGGAUUUUAAUAUGGUCAGUCAUGCUCUGUUGGCUCGUGAUAAUUUUAUACUUUAAAACACUCACUUUUGGCAUCUGUAUCUGAAGUGUUUCAUGUGUCUGUUGUACCCUAGAAACGGAACUCCUAUCCGACAAUGAGGAACUACGUUUUCAAGAUCCUGACAUUAUGUCAACAGAAUUAUCUACAACAGGAAAUAAAAUACAAAUAGCCUUGUCUACCAAUGAACACAAAUAUGGAGAGUUUAGCAGUUUUUGUUUUCUAGUCUCAGGGGUAUGUACUGUAAGUGGUUUAAAGCUUCAUAGCUUUAAAAGCCAGGAUGGCCACACCACAACAUUCAAACAUUUAAGUUUAGGAUUAAGUUAUUAUAUUCUGUAAUAUUGACUCACCUUCAUGUUGUUCCAAACCCUGUUGCUGUCAUUUUGUUCUGUGAAACACAACACACAAAAGAAGAAAUCUUUGAAGAAUUGUUACGCAGCUUUUGCCAUACAACAUAUUUGCUGUUGAGCUCCUAAGAGGACCAAAAAACAGCAGAAUGAGCAAAAUUAGUGAACUAAUCCUUUCAGUCCUGCAUUAUUAUUGACACACUAGCAAAGACGUGACAACUAUGUGGUCUCCGCAUCCACUUUCCAUUGCUUUGUCGCCAUCAAUUAAGACCUAAAAUACUGUGCUGUUUCAACUUAUGAGCUCUCGCGAUAACUAGUUACAGUAACUAUUACCAUGGCCAUAACCAACUAUGAGGUCACCGUAAAUUUUUCAUAUUCACAUUUUCAGACUACGAUUUUCAAUUGCCUUUCAUAUCAGACAAGUUCAUGAUGCAGUACAGCACAUUGAAUCUUUAGUUCAAUAUUUUUUCAAAAAGUUUUAAUAUCAUUAAUUGGUUGUAAAUUACUGUCCAGAGGUCCAGUAGCACAUACGCUGCGCUGUCAUGUGGCACCUGUUACUUUUUCAGCACUGGUUAGGAUGGACCAAACACAGUCAUUUAUUAUUACUGGAUGAAUGAGUAGAAAUGAUUGUAUAUAUAGUGCAGUGGCAGGAUUCCAUCCACAGGGAGGAAUCAUUGCAUUUAUCCUUUUAUUAUUAUUAUAAAUUACUAUCCGAUUCGUUUUUCUGAGCCAUCAAGCGCCCCCUGGAGACCUUUGUUCUACUGUAGUAAUAUUGUAGCAACCAUAACUGUAAUAACCAUGUUUCCUGGUUUCUUUUUUCUUCUUCUCUCUUUUGUUUUUUUUUUUUGGCAAAAACCUUGGUUUUACUAUAGUAAUAUUGUAGCAACCAUAAUUGUAGUAAACAUGGUUAUUUUUAUUUUAUUUAUUUUGGUGGAAUCCUUGGUUUUACUGUAGUAAUAUUGUAACAACCAUGACUAUAGUUUAACUAUUGUAAUAUUAUAGUAACAUGGAUUUUUUUUUUUUUUUGGAAAUCUUUAGUAAAACAAAGUAAAAUUGUACCAGCUGUAGUAACCUAUCGGCCACACUGCUCUCUGGAUAUCAGCAUCAGCCAUUAAAAGAAAAAACAUUAUCGGUCUACGUUUUACCACAAAAGCCAUGGUUAAACUAUGAUUACUGCAUUAAAACUAUGGUAAAUUUUUAUAAGAGUUAACCAUGGCUUUACUACAGUUACUAUGGUACAUUGUACAGGUGCAUCUCAAUAAAUUAGAAU